UGCGCUGUUGUUGCGCAAUUCUGGUAGCGUCGAUUCAGUUCCGUCCCUGUGUCAUCAAAUCAGAUGGUCUCGAUCCCGCUCUAUUCCUGAGUCCUGUGCUGCGGAUGGAGACAGCGGACGUAAAAUCUGCGGGCUCGUAGGACGCGAUGGGAACCAGCUGGACUCAUGUGACUGACCGAUGUGCGCCGCCUGGUUCUUAUUUUAAUAUUAAAUAGAACGAGUAGUUAGGUCGAAUGAGAGCGCAUCUGUUUGCUUUCUACAUGUUUUGAUUGUUUUUGGCCUAUAUUAUAUGUAAUUCAACUUACGUCUUACUUGAACAAAACGCACGCGGUACGUAGAGUUUUGUCAGUCGGGAGCGGAGGGAUGGAGUACCUGUUGCAGGUGAAGGUGGGCGCCCUCGUGAGCCUGCUCUUCCUCACGUUCUUCUUCGGCUUCAUCCCUGCGCGCCUCAGGUGGUUCCGGGAGAGCAGCGGGACAGAAGCCCACAGAGUGGUUCUGAGCUUCAUCAGUUGUUUUGCGGGUGGUGUCUUUUUGGCUGCUUGUCUCCUGGACAUCAUCCCAGAUUAUCUCUCAGACAUUGGGGAGGAGAUGAAAGUACGAGGACUGAAUGGAACCAGCUUUCCUCUCCCAGAGUUCAUCAUGGCCUGUGGCUUCUUCAUGGUGCUGAUCCUGGAGAGGGUCAUUCAGAACUUCACUGGCCACCAAGGAGAGGAGCGUGCCCCCUUGAUUCCACCUGUCGGCCAUGGCCAUGGCCAUGCAGUGUCAGGUGACCUGGAGGGCAGCACCCACCAUGUCCAUGUGGACUUUCAGGCGCACUCAUCUUUUCGCUCAUUCAUGCUCUUCCUCUCGCUCUCCCUGCACUCUGUAUUUGAGGGCCUUGCGAUUGGUCUGCAGACAACAGACUCAAAGGUGCUUGAAAUCUGCAUCGCUAUCCUGGUCCACAAAAGUAUCAUUGUCUUCAGCCUGUCACUGAAGCUGGUGCAGAGUGCGGUCAAGCCCCUGUGGGUGGUAGCCUAUGUGAGCGUCUUUGCCCUGAUGUCUCCACUUGGCAUUGCCAUAGGGAUCAGCGUGAUGGAGGCGCAGCUCACUGCAGGGGCUCUAAUCCAGGCAGUGCUGGAAGGCCUGGCUGCUGGCACAUUUGUUUACAUUACCUUCCUGGAGAUCCUCCCGCAUGAGCUCAACUCUCCUGAAAGGCAGCUGCUCAAAGUCUUCUUCAUUCUGGUGGGCUUCAGUGUAAUGGCUGGGCUCACACUGCUGGGCUGAGAGAGCAGGUCAUACUGAAGGGGCAGUCUCAACAUGAGCAAUGAUCACCUCACAGUGCUUGCAGCCCAGUGGUUGCAGUGUGAUUUCCAUACAUGUCAGUGAGAUACAUUCCCCUCAAUAGCUGGAAAUCAGCUGCAGCAGAUGCUCAAGACAGUUUUAGUUUAUAUUUUACCACUGCAAUAUAUAGUAUUCAUUUUUUUUAUGAAUUUAAGUGCUAUUCUGAAUUUUAUGUGUGCAAGUUUAGCUAGCAUCAGACCUAUUUAAAUAAGGACAACUCUUAUAACUGACAGGAAAUGCAGAGGUUGUUAAAAGUACUUUUAGCCAUCAGGUUGAAAAUGCUUUCUUCCUGGGCAGUUACCACUAUGUCUUGUGAGUUUUAGAUAAAUGCCCAAUAAUGCUCUGUGCUUAAAUAUUAUUUUUUAUUUAUUAUUUUUUAAAUCACAUUUGAAUUUUCUUCACACAGUUCACAGUAAAGGGUUAAAACUGACUUUAAUUAGAGGUUCUUAUAAAUAUGUUAGGAAAAUUUGUCAAAACAUAAAUACAUCCCUCUGUGAAAUUAAUGUAACAUGUGACUGUAUUCUCAUACAAAUUAAAAGGCAAACAGCCAAAUGGUUGGAUAGCUCAGCAGCCAUGUUGUUGUGGUGCAGUUUCAAUCAUGCAGUAAUGAAAUUGUUCAAAGGAUGGAGAUAAAUAUAAUGAAUCCAAGAUGAAGUAUUGAAUCUAACUCUCAUGAUGUCCAGUUUACUGACAGCAGUACAGUAUUUAAGUAGAAUUUACAUUUGCAAUGGGGGUUAGAUUGCCCAAGACUUAUUUAAAAAGUUUUCUUAUAUGGGUGUAUGUGGUUGGGCAGAUGUAUAAAACAUUUUGUCCAACGAGUAUCUUGUUCGUUUUUGUUGUCAGUUCUGAAGACUGAAAUACUACUCUCGCUACUACCCUAAUAAUAAAAUACUCAUGGUAAAACAGA